AGAGAGGAGGGGGAGGAAGGGAGUGGGAAGAGUCCGGUCCGGGUUUUGCCUGCAGCCCCCGGGCAGCGUUCACUGCUCGGAGCUCCAGCCCGGGCGAGCAAGCUAGCUAGCGCGCGGCGGCGGCUGAGCUGGGAUGUAGAGGCGGAGGCGGCGGCGGCAGCAGCAGCAGCGGCACUGGGAGGGAGCUGGGGCAGCCGAGCCCCACUGCAUCCUCAGCGCCCCGGCGGAGCCCCGGGACCAGCACAUAGUCUGCAUCGCCCCCUCCGGGGCCAUGCGCCCUGCUUCUUAAGCUUCCACCCGGCGACGAGUGCCGCGCGCACCCAUCCUCUCCUUUCGCAAUUUUUGAGUAUUAGUUGGGUUUUUUUAGGUUGUUGUUUUUAAUUUUUUGGAGAGGAAAGGCUGAGAGGAAGCGGGCAGGGGGGCAGGUGCUUUUUUCCCCCGCCUUUCUUGUUGCCGCUCUGGAUUCCCUGGGCUAAGCCGGGCGGCGACAGUGCGCACGGAGGAGGUGGCUGCUGCUGUUGCUGCUGCUGUUACUGCUGCCCGGAGCGGCGGCGGCUGAUCGGCUACAGUUCCCCCCUGUUUUCCCAUCGCCCCCCCCACCUUCUCGUCCUCCUCUCCCUCCAUCUCCUCCCCCCCUUCUCGCGGUUGGCGGCGGCAGCGGCGGCUCCGGAGAGCUCGGUUCCACCAAUGAGGCUCAACUUGCAGGAGGAGACCCAUCCCACUGCCAGGCCCUGACACCAGGAACUCCCCUGGAUGGUCCAGGACUGACACCCCAUCCCCACUCCCUUUCCCCCAUCUACUCUGACUGAUCUUCUUCUAGCUGGGAGCCCCUGCAACUGGUGUGAAGAGCUUCGUGGAGGGAGGUGGGUAUCUUCUGGCACUGAAGUCCAGAGGAGGAAGGGCAAAGAUCAAGAAAGACAGAAAGGAUCAAAGAGUAGCAGGCUUCCAGACCAUGCAUCUGCCUUGAGGCCAUCUCCGAAUUCUCUCGGUGUCGGCGUCGUCCCUGGCCAUCAGGGGCAGGAGCCGUCCCUGGGCUCGGGUCGGUCGGGAAGCUCCCCUGACGGGGCCCAGUUGCCGCCCCGGCCCUGGCCCCAACCAUGUCUAGUCUCGUUGGCAGCCCCCAGCCCGAUAGCGGCGGCAGUAGUAAGUCAGGCUCGGUAGAGAAAGGUAGCUCCGAUGAGCCCCUUCCCCCUGCCAACCCAGAGCGGCGGAACAAGAGCGGUAUCAUCAGCGAGCCCCUCAACAAGAGUCUCCGGAAGUCCCGGCCUCUGUCCCACUACUCCUCCUUCAGCGGCGGCAGCUCGGCGGGCGAGCUGGUGGACAAGGCGGCCGCGGCCUCCGGGCUGGCCAAUGGGCACGACCCGCCCAUGGACAAAACCAACUCUACCUCAAAGCACAAAAGCGGUGCUGUGGCCAGUCUGCUGAGCAAGGCGGAGCGGGCCGCCGAGCUCUCCGCCGAAGGACAGCUGACGCUGCAACAGUUUGCUCAGUCCACGGAGAUGCUGAAACGGGUGGUUCAGGAACACCUUCCCCUGAUGAGCGAGGCCGGGGCCGGGCUCCCAGACAUGGAGGCUGUGUCGGGCACCGAGGCCCUGAAUGGUCCUUCCGACUUCCCUUACCUCGGCGCCUUCCCCAUCAAUCCGGGCCUCUUUAUCAUGACGCCCGCGGGUGUGUUUCUGGCCGAGAGCGCCUUGCACAUGGCGGGCCUAGCAGAAUACCCUAUGCAGAGCGAGCUGGCUUCGGCCAUCAGCUCCGGCAAGAAGAAACGGAAACGUUGCGGCAUGUGCCCGCCCUGCCGACGGCGGAUAAACUGCGAGCAGUGUAGCAGUUGUCGGAACCGAAAAACUGGCCACCAGAUUUGCAAAUUCAGAAAAUGUGAGGAGCUCAAAAAGAAGCCUUCUGCUGCUCUGGAGAAGGUGAUGCUUCCAACGGGAGCCGCCUUCCGAUGGUUUCAGUGACGAGUGGAGCCCCGGAGCUGCCAUCUCGUGCAAUGUCCUUGCUUGUGUUGUCUCAAGUAGGGGAUUCGGGCGAAGACGAAUGGAUGCACCUAUGUCUUUUAGAACCAAAAAUAUUCUCUCGCAGAUUUCAUUCCUGUUUUUAUAUAUAUAUUUUUUGUUGUUGUUUUAACAUCUCCACGUUCUAGUAUAAAAAAAAUCAAAAAACAAAAACAUUUAACUGCUUUGCAGAAGAAGAAAAAAAAAGAAAAAUGAAUCUGUAAAGUAUGGAGACUUAAUAGCAGAGAAUGGACAAUCAGUUUCCUUCGUGUGUUGAUGUUUCUGUUGUUUGUGUGGAAGAUGCAGUUUCUGUGUAGAGAAUGUAAAUUUUCAGUAACCUUUUGAAAUCUAGUUACUAAUAAGCACUACUGUAAUUUAGCACAGUUGUUUAACUCCACCUCAUUUAAACUUUGUUUGAUUCUUUCCCAUCAUAAAAUAGUGCAUAGUUUUCCUAGAGUACGCCACUUCAUGUUUAUAAUGAGAAUAUGUUUAUAGCGAUAUAGAGCCCCCACCCUGGAAUCAUCCACAACUGCAACUUAACCAGCCAGGAGCAAAGCGUCAGAGGUGGGCGCUCCCUAAGCAGACCAUGUCUUACCCCAGUGGUCCUUCAAAAGAAAAUUAAACAUGCUGACGAUGACAUUAAAAAGUUCUGUUAUAUAAUUUAUAUGGAUCCAGGGCUCCAACAUACAGAGGUGCCCCUAAUCCCUGUUUUACUUAGAAAAAAGUCAUUUUUAUAAUCUUGCUGAGGUUAAAGACAGAACUAUCCCCAGGGCAAUGGGGGUACCCUGGGGCUGAGGAUUCCCCCCCCCCCCAUAUCACCAUCCCCAAGCCCUGGUCUCUUACUGCUGAUGGACAUGCUGUUUGUAUUGUUUUAGCGAACCAGGCUGUUUUGUGAAUAAAAUGAAUGCAUGUUUUGUGUCUCAAUUCA